GGCGGCCCAACAGGGAAAUGCAGCUGCCCAAUCCAAUCUCGGCAACUGCUAUUACAACGGCGGCGGGGUCGACCGGGACUACUCCAAGGCUAUCGAGUGGUAUAUUAUGGCCGCCAAUCAAGGUAAUGCAUCCGGACAGGGCUAUCUCGGUGACUGCUACUAUUUCGGGAAUGGGGCAGUACAAGACUAUACCAAGGCGUUCGAGUGGUAUACCAGAUCGGCCAGCCAAGGAAACCCCAAUGGCCAGAGCGGCCUCGGUCUUUGCUACUACAGUGGUAGCGGCGUUAGCCAGGAUUACGUCCAGGCUUUCAGGCUGUUCACAAAGUCGGCCAACAAGGGCAAUGUGUUUGGCCAGCAUGCCCUUGGCCGUUGCUAUUACAGCGGCAACGGUGUCGACAGGAACUAUUCCAAAGCUGUGGAGUGGUUCACCAAGGCCGCCAAUCAAGGCCAUGCUUCCAGUCAAGAUGAUCUCGGUGACUGUUGCUAUCACGGCAAUGGUGUCGACCAAGACUAUUCCGAGGCAUUCGAGUGGUACUCUAAAUCGGCCAAACAGGGCAAUGCUUCCGGCCAGAACGGUCUCGGUCUCUGCUACGAGUACGGUUAUGGCGUCGCCCAAAGCUGGACCCAAGCAUUCGAGUGGUAUACAAAGGCGGCCCAACAGGGAAAUGCAGUUGCCCAAGUAAAUCUUGGUCUUUGUUACUACAACGGCACCGGAAUCGACCGGGAAUACUCCAAGGCUGUGGAAUGGUUCACCAAGGCCGCUAAUCAGGGAAACUCCUAUGGUCAGGAUAAUCUCGCAGAGUGCUAUUACACGGGGAACGGUGUCGACCAAGACUAUGCCAGGGCUGUUGAGUGGUACAGCAGGUCGGCCAACCAGGGAAGUCCGGACGCUCAGAACAACCUGGGUACUUGCUACUACAAUGGCAGUGGCGUCAGUCGGGACCCCGUAAAAGCUGUCGAGUGGUACAUUAAGGCUGCCCAUCAAGGAAAUGCAAACGCUCAAUUCAACCUUGGGCUGUGCUACCAGUUGGGCCAAGGAGCGGCCAAGAAUGGGGAGACGGCUCGAUACUGGCUCCAACUGGCCGCAGAUCAGGGCCACACCCAGGCCCAAGACAAACUGGACGAGUUCUGAUGGCCUUUACACAACGUGCAACCGGUAACAAUCACCGGGGGGCCGUGCGGGCAGUAUAGUUGUUUCGGGCUACACAAUUGGAUUACACCGCUCGACAAUCUCGUCCUUGGCUGCCCCGAGGAUGUAAUGUCGAGUCCGUGGAUCAAGAUAUGCGAUUGUUAUGGUGUAGAAUUGUUUUGUAUAUUGGUUCAUUGGCUGUCCAGUACGGCAUCAUUCGGCAAUUGGUACUACAUGUCAGCCACCCUGCAAGCCCACUGUUUGGUAUCUUGGUGCCUGGGAUGGCGUUGGUGGCGAGUAGUUUGCUUGGCGGCUCUGCUUGCAUGUUCGGUCGUGUGGUAUGGCAUCCGCGAGCGCCGUCAAGGUGAGGGCCACUGGCCGAGUUUUAUAAGGCUGUUGAUGGCCAUUUGAUAUCCCUGGUCGGCGGACUUGCGGUACCAGAAGACGGCGGUGUCGAUGUCUGCGUCAACACCCCAUCCAUCCUUAUAGCAGUCGCCGAG